CAACGGGGCUUUUUCAUGUCGCUUACAAAUCCUCUACACCAGGAAAAUCAAAGCAAAAGUGUCCUUACUUUCAAAGAGUCUAUGAUGUCUUUUACUCGCUUAUUAGGCUUUCUUCAGAGUCUGAGACGAUAUAA